AUGCCAAACACCAAGACCGUCCACGUCAAGCACCUAGGCGGCAUCGACGCCGCCUACCAGAUGCCCCAACCCUACGAUUCCUCGAAGCCGACCCUCAUCCUCGUGAACAGCUUCACCACCUCCUCGGAGCUAUACCGCAGCCAGUAUGCCAACAAAGAGCUUACCGACAAGAUGAACCUUGUAGCCAUCGAGCUGCUCGGCCACGGCCAGACGCGGACCAAGAGCGAGAACUUCACGUACUGGGAUACUGCGGUCAUGAACAUUCAGGUCAUGGAUGCGCUUGGGAUCGACAAGGCGUUUGUGCUUGGGACGAGUCAGGGAGGUUGGAUCACGGUGCGGAUGGCGUUGCUGGCGCCUGAUAGGAUCCAAGGCAUCAUUCCCCUCGGCACCUCCAUGGACUACGAAUCCGAGCGCACCCGCGCCCACGGCUGCUGGGACGGCGUCGCUGCCUGCACGGGCCCGAUCAACGAGUGGACGACCAACCAAAAAACAGAUGACUUCGAGCCGUCCGAGGACUACUGCAACUUCCUGAUCGACAUCGGCUUCGGCAAGGACUGCGACAAGGAGACGCGCGACUUCUGGAUCAAGGAGAUCAAGGCGAACUACCAGGGCGAUGACGGGAGGCGGAGGGCUAGGAUGGCAGCGAUUAAUCUCAGAGAGAGGGAUGGGCUGCAUGGACGGCUGUUUGAUGUUAGGUGUCCGGUGCUGUGGCUGCAUGGCACGAGCGACGUCGUCUACACCGUCCCCAAUGCAGAAGAGGAGAUCAAGCUCUUCGUCAACUCGCCCGACGCACGCCUCGAGACAGUCGAGAACGGCCAGCACUUCUUGAGCUUCUCGCAUCCGAAGGAGGUCGAUCAGAACCUGAUUAACUUCGUUGGAAAGUACCACACAUACGAGCCAUCGAGGCCUGGCACGCCGAACAUCGGCGAGCGCGCCAAUAUGGAGACGCAUCAGUAG